CAUUUUUUCGCCGACUUGCAGCGGAAAAGAAUUUUUUUCUCACCAAAUUUGUUUGCAGUCACAAGCAUAACAAUGACAACACGUGAAGAAUCUCCCCCACCACCACCUCCACCCCCAAAACCUCCUGGGGACAAGGCAUCCCAGGCAUCAAAGGGGUACCAGUAUCAGCAACAACCAGUCCACUAUGGCCAGAGUUACUCAACAGCUGAAAAUUCCUAUUAUCAACCAAUGUCAACAUCUGGUAGUACUGCUACAGCAACCAGUGCCGCGAGUGGGACAAAUUCUCAGUAUAUGUAUCAACCAAGCAAUGCCAGCUCAUAUCAAGCAGCAAGUUACACCACAGCUGGUCAGCAGUCUACCCCACAGAAUACCCAGAAUUCCCAGUACAAUUACAAUAAUCAAGGAUAUUAUGAUGGACAGAAUUCUUCUCAAGGACAACAAGCCAGUUACAACACAUCUUCAAACACCACACAGAGUUAUUCCCAGUACCAAGAUACAUCAGGCUACUACAAUUCUAAUCAGAACUACGACUAUUCUGGUUAUCAGACAGGGAACCAGUAUCAGUCAGGGAACCAGUACCAGCAAGGGAACCAGUACCAACAAUCAGGGAACCAGCCAAAUUAUGACUCCUACAGUACCACUAACUACAAUGGUGACUAUUACGGCAGUGGUUAUGAUAGUUAUGGGAAUUACUAUGGGUACGGGGAUAGCUCCCAGGAUCAGAAUGGAACAUAUGGGUAUGGCACUUAUGGUCAGAAUUAUACAGGUCAACAAGAUGGCAAGACAUGGAGUAGCAAUAGUGGAGGUAACAGUACCAAUGGACAGCAAAAAUCUGCUCCUCAAAGAGAUCCUCGAUUGGAAAAGAGGGGAGGGAGGGGACAGGCACAAGGAGUUGGUAAUGGAAGAGACAAUCACCAGCAAGCAAGCACUGAGAAACAGCCAGACACAACAGGGGAAGGGAGAGGAAGAGGGACCAACGCAACCAGACCUGACAGGGGUGGAAGAGGGGGGCAUGUUCCAAACAGAGGGGCUUACCAUGGAAGUUACAGAGGAGAUAAUUUUGAUCCAGGGAGACAAUAUGAGGAUAAAGAUUAUAGAAAAAGACCUCAAAUGCCUCCAGUUCAUGAUACUCAUGACAGUCAAGAAGGUAGAAGAAGGUAUAAUGAUAACAGAGGAAGUGGAUACAAUCAAGUAUAUUCAAAUGAAGAAGAAUAUUACAAACCUUACCAGCAUCCAGAUAGAGCAUGGAGGGAAGAGAACUGGGGCAGAGGUUGGCAUGAGGGCUAUAGAGAUCCCAGAGGAGGGGAUCAUGGUAGGGAAAGAGGUGGAGGCCGAGGCAGAGGAGAUAGAGGUCCAAGGAGGGGUGGUUAUGAUAGAGGUGGUGGUCCAAGUAGAGGCAGAAAUAGAGAUGAUGGUGGAAGCUUCAGAAACCAGCCACCAUCCCCGAAUCAUGGUGGACCAAAUCAGAGAGGGAGAGGAAGAGGAGUACAAAGUCUACCACAAAACAACAACAGAUUCGAGAAGAGUCAGAGGCCAUCACCAUUUAAAGACCAGAAUGUGAGGGAAAGCAAAGACAGUACUCAUAGAGAUAAUAAAUCAACUCCUAUCAACAGAAAUAACAGUAAAGACAUUAAACAAACAGAAAAACACAAAAUUGAUAUGAAAUCAGAGAAAGCUGAGGAUCAGCCUCCAGUGAAAAAGCCAUGUAAAGUUGAACACAAGGUAGGAGUCAAAGCAGCAGCUUCAAAACCAGCAGCAACAACUGAAGUCAAAAAAGAACCUGUUGUAGAAAAUCCACAAAAAACUGUGAUUGAAACACAGAGCACAAAACAGAAUGUAGUUGUGAAAUCUGAAGUCACUACUUCAGAAGACACCACAGCUACCCUUCCAGACAGCACGUCCAAAGACAGCAUAACGGGUCCCUCAGCUCCAAAGAAAAAGAAGCCAGCUGACGAUCUGAUAGAUGACCCUGAGGUUCAGAAGGCAUUGGAAGAGAUGAUGAGUCCCUUGUUCUGUAAGCUGUGCAAUUUAACAAUCAGUCAUCCAUCACAAGCCCAGUCCCAUUACAAUGGUAAACACCAUGCCAAGAAAGUGAGGCUGUAUAAACAGUCUGCAGCACUGGAGGCUACUCUUGCUAGGAAAGCAGCCCAGGGAGAUAUUGUGACCACGUUAAAUCUGGUCACUGAGGUUACCCCAGCAUCAGAAUCUGAUGAUGCUCCCAAGGAAGAAAGUAACCAGACUCUCAGUGAGAGUGUCAUUGAGAAGAUGAAAGAUGAGAAUGACCGUGUAUACUGUAAAUUGUGUCAAGUCGCAUUCAACUCACCAAAGCAGGCCAUCCAACAUUACGAGGGGAAGAAUCACGCAAAGAAAAUGAGAGCUGCUGGUAUACUUAACAUAUCAGAGACAGACAAACAACAUGUCAAAAUAGAUGGUGCUGUGUUUGAGUGUAAGAUGUGCAGUGUUCAGGUGACCUGCAAUGAACAGUUACAGUCUCAUUUGAAUGGAGCCAAACACAAAGGCAAACUGAGGUCCCUGGAGAGGGCGUCCGACUCAAAUCGAGGUGGCUGGGGAGGGAGAGGGAGGGGCAGAGGAAGGGGGAGAGGAGCACUUGCUGCAUUAGCCAGUGAAGAACACAAUGUUGUGACCAUCCAGACGCAACAGUCACGGAAGCGAGGGCGAGAUUAUUCCAACUUCCGAACACCGAGUGGGGGGUAUUACUGCAGUAUUUGUAAUGUGACAGUUAAUGGUGAAAAUCAGUUUGCUCAACACAUGGACAGUCGCAAACACAAGAGUAAGUACGCUAAUCACAAGAUAACAGAAGAGGAGCAGCAACAGGAUGUGGCCAGUUAGAACCGGAGUAAACAAGUUCUUCAAAUGGAAACCUCUAUUGGAUGAGCAAACAACAAAAAUGUUUAUUUUUCUCCUAAUUUUCCAUUU